AUGUCAGCAAUUCGAGGAAAAAGAACUUGUUACACAACAAAUCGGAAGAGUUUUCCUUACCGAAUGCAUCGUAGAUUAAUUCUAAUAAAACCUGGAAUAAUAAUUCGUCUGCGAUUGGAGCUGAUAUCUACUAGUAUCAUUACUUUUAUCAACGUUCAGAAGCAUUUGAUUACAAUCAACUUGAUAGCAGAAAUGGGAGACAUUCGUAUUUGUUUUCCUGAGAAGGUGAAACAGGUACAAAUACAAAUACUUGUGAUUGGGGGUCCGCCUGAACACAACGUAAACGCGGUUGGAAUGAGCAAAUUUCACAGGCAAAUUAUUCGCAGAAAUAGAGAUAACAUCGUUACAAAUAUUUCUACGAGUAUUGAUAGUAUCAUUGAUGCUAUGUUCAGCCAAGGCGUUAUUACCUAUGAUCACAAGGUGCAACUUUAUGGUAGCACCGUCCCAAAUCCAUACAUAAGGGUUCGAAAUUUCCUGGACAUUCUAUGCGAAAGAGGUAGCAAAGCGUUUGAACAAUUUUGCAUCACUGUCCGUCGCUUUCAUUCAGAAUUGGCUGAUGAUCUAGAAAGGCAAGCUGGUCUAUCCAGCUCAGCUGCCAAUUUCAAUUCCGGAUCAUAGAGUAAAGAAAUUGUUUGGCACGGCAAUGGUAGUUUAUUAAUGAGCAUAAAAUACAUGACUAUGUUCCAUAUUAUUAUUGAGUUAAUUUAAUUAGACGUAUCGUGUAUGGAAUGACAUUCAUGAUGUGUGCAUAGAACUAAAUGAAGUAAACGCUCUAGAAAUGUUAUAUGUAUCAAGAGGUAUUCCUUUGCUUAGCAUUAUUUAAAUUGGCUUAAGCCUGAAUUAUUUUAAAAAUCUGUCUGAAC